AUGACUACUCUACGACCGGGAUACAAAUCUCAGGACCUGGAUGACGAGAAGGCUUGCACGUCUGAGAAUGUGGAGAACUAUGUCAACAUCACUACCGUGGAUGACAUCCAUGUGCUUGGCCUUUCUGCUGAAGAUGCCGAGUUCUAUAGCGAUUUCACCCCUGAACAAAGGAAGGCCGUUCUGUGGAAGGUCGAUAUAAGACUCGUGCCUAUGCUUGCGACGCUGUACCUUGUAUCCCACCUGGAUAGGGCGAAUAUAGGAAAUGCCAAGAUAGCAGGCAUGACAAAGGACUUGGGCUUGACUGGGAUUCAGUAUAAUAUUGCGCUGAGUCUUUUCUUCAUUCCAUACGUUCUGCUCGAGGUGCCAAGUAACAUCAUACUGAAGCGAUUCAGCCGGCCAUCGACGUACUUGGGUAUUCUCAUUGUCAGCUGGGGAAUCGUCAUGACGUUGACUGGGUGUGUGAGAAACUUCGGAGGACUAGUGGCCGUGCGAAUCAUCCUAGGAGUGUUCGAGUAUGUUGAGACCUCCAAAUACACUACCUCCCCUGCUAACUCGGACAAAAGAGCCGGAUUUUUCCCAGGAGCUGUGUAUUUGUGUUCAUUCUGGUACAUGCCACGAGAUCUCGCCACCCGCAUUUCCCUCUUCUAUUGCGCAAGUGCGUUAGCUGGAGCAUUCUCCGGCCUGCUUGCAGCCGGCAUUGCUAGGAUGGAUGGCGUCGGUGGAUACGAGGGUUGGCGUUGGAUCUUCGUGCUUGAAGGAUUACUCACCGUCGUCUUGGGAGUCAUGUGUUUCUUCUUGCUUAUAGAUUCCCCCAAGCUAUCCGGCAGAUGGCUUGAUCAAGACGAGAUUCGGUACCUGGAACUACAACAUUUCAUCAAAGAAGGCGGAAAUUUCAAGGAAGAGCAGAAGAAAGCUUCAUGGAAAGAUGUCAAGGCCGUGAUUUCUAAUUGGAGGAUGUAUUUGCUGGCCUAUAUCCUUCUAUGCCAGUCUGCCUGCUCCUACGGUACCAAAUUCACACUUCCUACCAUUACAACGGGAAUGGGCUUCAAAGACACCAAUGCCCAACUCAUGACAGUACCACCAUACGUCGCCGGCGCCAUAUCCGCCGUAUUCUUCUCCAAGCUCUCCGACCGAUUCUAUUGGCGCAUGCCAUUCGUCGCAGCUCCAUUGCUGCUCAUCAUCAUUGGCUACUCGAUAAUCGUUGGCCUGAAGGGCGAUCUACAGGCCAACAUAGGGCCCGGGUUCUUCGCCAUCGUCCUGACCUGCAUGGGCAUCUACCCUACUCAUCCCGCGACAACCUCGUGGACGCUAAACAACCUGGCCCCUUCAAAUCGUCGUGCCGUAGGGAGUGCUUUCAACAUCUGCGUUGGCAAUAUUGGUGGCAUUGUCGGAAGCUAUAUGUAUCUCGAUCGUGAGGCCCCCGCAUACCCUACUGGGUUUGGCUUGUCGUUGGCCUUUGGUGGAACGGCUUUUCUGGCAGCUGUUAUUGUCGAGGUAUCAUGGGUCUACGCGAAUAGGAAAAAUGCGGCUAUGACCGAGAUGGAGAUACGGGAGACAUACACCGAUGAUCAGCUGCUUGAGAUGGGUGAUAAGUCUCCGCUUUUCAAGUACACGCUGUGA